ACAUGGAUGCACUGGAGCCUACAGAGGAUGUGGAGACUGUCCCAACGUCCCAGAAAGUGUGUCUAAGCUGGGAAAGACCUUAACAAUCUCUGUGGUCCUACCAACCUGCACCCCGUGCUUCUGCCCCACGGUGCAUGCAGCCAGAACCCCACAGUAUGGAGCCCAGCAACAGGACAGCCAUCUCCGAGUUCAUCUUGAAGGGAUUUUCUGGUUACCCGGCCCUGGAGCACCUACUCUUUCCUCUGUGUUCAUCCAUGUACCUGGUGACCCUGCUGGGGAACAGCGCCAUUGUGGCGGUGAGCACGCUGGAUGCCCGCCUACACACGCCCAUGUACUUUUUUCUGGGUAAUCUUUCCAUUUUGGACAUCUGCUACACAUCUACUUUCGUGCCCCUGAUGCUCGUCCACCUCCUGUCGUCCCGGAAGACCAUCUCCUUUACUGGCUGUGCCAUCCAGAUGUGCCUGAGCCUCUCCACAGGCUCCACGGAGUGCCUGCUGCUUGCCAUCAUGGCCUAUGACCGCUACCUGGCCAUCUGUCAGCCACUCAGGUACCCUGUGCUCAUGACCAACAGGCUCUGCCUGGUGCUGGCAGGUGCCUCCUGGGCACUCUGCCUCCUCAAGUCCGUGACAGAAACUGUCAUCGCCAUGAGGCUGCCCUUCUGUGGCCACCACGUGAUCAGACACUUCACCUGCGAGAUCCUGGCUGUGCUGAAGCUGGCCUGUGGUGACACAUCGGUCAGCGAUGCCUUCCUGCUGGUGGGCGCCAUCCUCCUCCUGCCUGUACCCCUGACCCUCAUCUGCCUGUCCUACAUGCUGAUCCUGGCCACCAUCCUGAGGGUGCCCUCAGCCGCCGGGCGCCGCAAAGCCUUCUCCACCUGCUCGGCACACCUGGCUGUGGUCCUGCUUUUCUAUAGCACCAUCAUCUUCAUGUAUAUGAGACCCAAGAGCAAGGAGGCCCAUAUCUCCGACCAGGUCUUCACAGUCCUCUACGCUGUGGUAACCCCCAUGCUGAACCCCAUCAUCUACAGCCUGAGGAACAAGGAGGUGAAGGAGGCUGCCAGGAAAGCUUGGGGCAGUCGACGGGCCUGUAGGUGA